CUCCCUGUGUGAGCGCUUUAAAUAAUUUCCUCCUUUUUGGCAAAAGAAAUAAUGCACCUGACUUUACCAGGGGGAAACAGUCAGUCGAGCAGAACAAGGAACAGAUGUAAAAAGAACAGAAGAAGAGAGAAAAAGCUAUGGGACUUGCUUAAAGACAUCCAGGAGCCGGAGAGGUGGCUGCGGCGGCAGAGGCUGCUAGAGCAGCUCCCGCCUGCGUGAGCUGCGGGCAGAGGGCGUUCGCACCAGUUGCAGAUGUCAUCCUGGGAACUCCUGGCUCCUUUGGUUUGUUUGCCAAAGUCUUUUUCUCAUCUGACUCAGACACUGAAGAGACUCCUGGAUUGUUCUGCGAUCCCGCCACAAGCUGGCAGCUAUCCGGAGCCUUCCUAAAGAGCUGGGGAAGAAAUGAGCCCCGCUGGGCGGAGGAUGGGCGAAGGGCAUCAGCCAGCGGGGUCACCCCGUGGUCGGCCCUGCGGCUCCGGGGCGCCGUGCUCCCUGCUCCGGUUCUUCGUGCACGCCUGGCUGUGGGCUGCCUCGGGCUUGUCUGCUCAGGUGUUCAACCUCAGUCUCUAUGUGGACGAGGGGCUGCCCCCCGACACCCUGGUAGGUGACAUUCGUGUGGGGUUGCCAGUCGCGCAGCAGCAGGAAGGGAAUGGCUUCUUUCUGUCGGAGGAUUCGGAUGACUCCCCGCUGCUGGACGACUUCCACGUGCACCCGGACACCGGCAUCAUCCGCACCGCACGGCGUCUGGACCGCGAGCAGCGGGACCACUACAGCUUCGUGGCGGCCACGCUGUGGGGCGAGGUGGUGCAGGUGGAGAUCCACGUCAACGACGUGAACGACCACUCGCCCCACUUUCCCCGCGACUCCCUGCAGCUGGAAGUGUCGGAACUCAGCCCCCCAGGAACCGCUUUUCGCCUGCCAGGUGCCCAGGACCCGGAUUCAGGGCUGUUUAGUAUCCAGGGUUACACCUUGCUGCAAAUGUCUGACCUGCCCCAGGACCCCGCAGGACCCUUCUUCCAGUUGCGCUACGGGUCGCAGGGGCCACCUGCGUCACCGCCUCAGCCAGUGUCCUCAUCACCCUUGGAGCCCUUAGACUUGGUGCUGCUGAGGCGCUUGGAUCGAGAGGAGGUGGCGGUGCACGAGCUGCAGAUUGAAGCUUGGGACGGGGGCAGUCCUCGGCGCAUUGGCCGCCUGCACGUGCGGCUGCGUGUGCUGGAUGAGAACGACAACCCGCCAGUUUUCGAGCAGGGCGAGUACCGCGCCGCAGUACGUGAGGACGCCCAGCCGGGCGCCGAGGUGUGUCGCGUGCGUGCCACUGACCGCGACUUGGGGCCCAAUGGCUUGGUGCGCUACAGCAUCCGGGAGCGGCAAGCAGCUGGCGGGCCACGGGGCGAUCCCGGCUAUUUCUCGGUGGAGGAACUGAGCGGUAUAGUGCGGGUGCAGAGACCUUUAGAUCGCGAGGCGCAGGCCUGGUACCAGCUGGUGGUCCAGGCGCGCGAUGGGGGCGCAGAGCCAGAGGUAGCCACAGUGCGCGUGUCCAUUGAUGUGCUGGACGUGAAUGACAAUCCGCCCGACAUCCACCUGCUCUUUCUUACCGAGGGAGGCACGGCCCGCGUCUCUGAGGGCGCCCGGCUAGGAGACUAUGUGGCUCGAGUCUCGGUGUCCGACGCAGAUGGUGACUCAGAGAAAGAAGAGGAAGUUACCGGGGUGCUUGGUGCACACCUUGGGGCAGGUAGCAUCAAGUUGUCCUUGGAGGGUGGGAAUGGAGCCUUCGCGCUGCGACCAGGCGGCCCUCCUGGAGUAUUUUUCCUUUGCAUCCAGAGCCUCUUGGACCGGGAAAGCCAAGAUCUAUAUGAGUUACGACUAGUGGCCACAGAUUCAGGGUCCCCGCCAUUGAGCACAGAGGAGACGCUGCUGCUCUGGGUCUCGGACCUCAAUGACCAGCCACCUGUGUUCAGCCAGGAACAUUACUGGGCCUCGGUGUCCGAGGCCGCGGUCCCAGGAACCUCGGUGGUUUGGGUCAGCGCUUUGGAUGCCGACCAGGCUGGCACCAAUCACGCCAGGCUGCGGUAUACGCUGGUGCAACUCUCGAACCCCUGCGACUCUGAGGCUCUGUCACAAAAGGCAGAGUGUGUUCCAUCCUUCAGCAUUAACCCCAAUAACGGUUUGAUCAGCACACUCCGAGCUCUAGACCGGGAGGUCCAGGAGGCAGUGGAACUGAGAGUGGUGGCCCAGGACCUCGGAGAACCGCCCCUUUCUGCCACCUGCCUGGUGAGCAUUGCUGUAGACGACGUGAAUGACAAUGAGCCCGUGUUCAGGUGGCAGGUGUAUAAUGUCACCCUUGCUGAGCAUGCCCCGAUUGGACACUGCUUUCUGCAGGUAACAGCCACGGACGCAGAUGCGGGGCUCUAUGGCUUAGUCGAGUAUUCUCUUUACGACGGCUUCCAAAGCUAUGAAGCACCCUCAGCGUUCCAGAUCGACCCGCAGGAUGGGCGCAUCUGUGUGUCACAGGACAUCGACAGGGAAAGGGAUCCAGGCACCUUUGAUCUGCUGGUGAAGGCUAAGGAUGGGGGUGGUCUCAGUGCUCAAGCUUUUGUCCGGGUGGAAGUGGAGGAUGUGAACGACAAUCCGCCCAUCUUUAAUCCGUCGACCUACGUGACAAGCAUCAGUGGCCAGACCCCGCCAGGCACUGAGAUCAUCAACGUGCUCGCCAGUGACAGGGACUCUGGGACAUACGGGACCGUGACCUAUGAACUCAUCCCAGGAGACUUGCCGUCACUCUUCUCCAUUGACUCCGUUACAGGUAUUAUCUACUUAGCAUCAACUCUCAACCGUUUGGAAGCUACCACACUUUUUCUGAUGGUCCGCGCUCGAGAUGGUGGUGGACUCGCGGCUGCCACAAAUGCUGACGUCACCAUCCACAUUCUGCAAACCACGCUGGCUCCUGCGGAGUUUGAAAGGCCUAAGUACACUUUCUCCGUUUAUGAAGACGUGCCCGCGGACACUCUUGUUGGGACAGUGAAGGCAAGGGAGUCCUUGAAUUCCUCAGAACCAAUCUCUUACCGAAUUUCCUCUGGCGAUCUGGAUGGAACCUUCUCCAUUCACAGGUGGCUGGGCAGCAUCCGCACCCUGAAGCCUCUGGACCACGAAGCCCAGCCCAUGGUUGUCCUCACUGUCCAGGCACAGCUCGGCAGCUCCCCAGCCUGCAGCAGCACAGAAGUGAACAUAACUGUCAUGGAUGUCAACGACAACCGCCCCGAGUUUCCCACGGCCUCGGAUGAGAUUAGGAUCCCCCAGACCACUCCACCUGGCACAGCCUUGUACCUUGCCCGCGCAGAGGACAGAGACAGCGGGCUGAACAGACUGGUCCGGUACAGCAUUGCAAACCCUCAACCAAGCAUGUUCAGCAUGGACCGAGGUCGCGGGGUACUGUACCUCAGGGAGAGUCUGGAAGGCCACGGGGAGCUCAGGCUGACCCUGGUGGCUGAGGACCAAGGCACUCCUCCCCAGGCAUCCCGGUUGGUGCUCACCGUAGUCAUCGAACGCCAAGAACGAAGCCCAGCCGUGGCUUUUGAAAAUUUGGUCUAUCAGGUGGAAGUUAGCGAGUCUCUCCCGCUGACGACUCAAAUCCUGCAGGUACAAGCCUACCCGCUGCAGCCACAGCACCCAGCCGCUAAGAUGACAUACUCCCUGGAUGUCAACGUGGACUCUGCAGUGUUUGGAAUCCACCCUCACACAGGGUGGAUUUCCCUGCAGCGACAGCUAGACUAUGAAUCUACACAGACGCACAGGCUUAAAGUUUUGGCGGGGAUCCCAGAGAACAGAUCGCUGCGGAAUGCGAGCACUUUGGUAAUCGUUCAUGUCUUGGAUGAAAACGACCAUUCCCCAGCCUUCCUGCAGGGCAAGGUGUUUUUGAAAGUUGAGGAGAGCCCUAUCCCCCUAGGGGUAAUAGGCAAAAUGACAGCCAUAGAUGCUGACUCCGGGAAGAAUGGGCAGCUGUCGUAUUUCCUUUUGACAGAUGGAAAAUUCUUCAAGAUGAAUCCUAACACAGGUGAGCUGAUCAACUGGCUGGCAUUGGAUCGUGAGCACCGGGGGCAUCAUCACAUGACCGUCCUAGUGACGGACCACGGCUCCCCACCGCGGAAUGCUACCAUGGUGGUCUAUGUCACGAUCACUGACAUCAAUGACAACAGGCCAUUCUUCCCACAGUGUCUCCCUGGAAAGGAAUUUCACAUCAAGGCUUUGGAAGGUCAGCCAGUCAAUACACUGGUUACCACUGUCUUUGCAAAGGACCUCGAUGAAGGACUCAGUGCGGAACUUACAUACUCCAUCUCUCCAGAUUAUCCUGCUCACUUUAAGAUCGAUGCCAACAAUGGUGAAAUAAGAACCACCACGAUCCUUUCCCACGACUAUAGACCUUCCUAUAGGAUGACAGUCAUCGCCAGUGACCAGGGGGUGCCCCCACUUCAAGGACAGGCAGUUAUUAAUAUUCAGGUGGUACCACUUUCCAAAGGGGCAAUUUUUAUGUCUCAGAAUAUCAGACAUUUAGUGAUCCCAGAAAACACAAAGCCUGCGAAAAUCAUGAGCCUGAUGCAGUCACCCGAUCCCCUUCAGCAGCUCCCGAGCGGGAAGUUACACUUCAGUAUCGCUGCAGAGGACAGAGAUGGACACUUUGAAAUCGACAGCUCCACGGGAGACUUGCUCCUCUCUAAGGAACUUGACUAUGAAACGACAUCUCAUUAUCUUCUCAGGGUGAUUUCUAAAGACCCUAGCCAAAGCCCUCCGUGGAACAGCACAGUCUUCCUUAGCAUUGAUGUAGAAGACCAGAACGACCAUUCCCCCUCCUUCCAGGAUGAGUUCAUUGUAAUAAGCAUAGAGGAGAAUGUCCCUGUAGGGACACUGGUGUACAUCUUCAAUGCCAAAGAUGGUGAUGGCAGUUUUCUGAAUAGCAGGAUACAAUACUUUGCAGAAUCUAGCCCUGCUGGAAUGAACCCGUUUCUCAUGCACCCCUCCUCUGGCUCACUGGUCACCGUAUCUCCCUUGGACAGAGAGAAGGUCCCAACUUUCCUCCUGACCAUAACUGCAUCUGAUCAGGCUGUGAAUGUGACAGACCGGCGAUGGAGGUCACUGGUAGCUGAAGUCGUGGUUUUGGAUGUGAAUGACCACAGCCCCACCUUUGUGUCCCAUCCCAUGGCCUUCAUCAGAGAGGAUGCUGAAGUGGGCUCCUUGGUGCACCGUGUAAGUGCCCAGGACCCAGAUGCAGAGAUGAACGGGGAAGUCACAUACAGCAUCCUCUCAGGAAACGAGGACAUGGUCUUCAUGUUAGAUGGGUCAUCAGGCUUGCUGAGGACAGCUUGUCCCUUGGACUAUGAAGUGAAGACUCAGCACGUGCUGACCCUCGUGGCUCAGGAUGGUGGCACGCCAGCACUUUCUGCUUCCCAGACUCUGACCAUCACUGUCCUGGAUGUGAAUGAUGAGAUACCAGUAUUUACAAAACUUCUGUAUGAAGCUUCCGUUAAAGAAAACCAAAGUCCCGGUGUGUUCGUUACAAGGGUUGAAGCUGAGGACACAGAUUCAGGAGUCAAUGCCAAGCUUCAGUUUCAAAUCAUACCAGGGCCUGCCUUUGGGUUGUUUGAGAUCAACCCUGACACAGGAGAGGUGGUAACAACGGUCACCUUUGACCGAGAAGCUCAAGGGAUCUUCACACUUCGAGUACUUGUGCAAGACAGUGGCGUCCCUCCCUUGUCCAGCACGGCAACCAUCAUCUGCACCGUUGAAGAUGAAAAUGACCAUGCCCCAGAGCUUGCUGUCCUCAGCCAUGACAUUGAAGUUCUGGAAAACCAAGAUCCAGGGGUCGUCUACACUGUGCUGGCUUUCGAUACGGAUGCUGGUGACAAUGGAGUGGUCACCUAUCGCAUAGCAGGUGGGAACAUCGGUGAGUACUUUGCACUUCAUGCAACCUCAGGAGAACUCUCGACAAUUCGAGCUUUGGACCGAGAGCAGAUCAACAACUUUACCCUCAUUAUCCUGUGCUCAGAUUCGGGGACUCCACCCCGAAGCUCUGUGAUGCAGCUUCAUGUUAGGGUUUUGGAUGACAAUGACCACAGCCCUUCCUUUCCCAUGCUUCAUUACCAUUCCUCUGUGAGAGAAGAUGCUGACGUGGGCACUGUGGUCCUGGUGUUGUCUGCAGUGGACAGAGAUGAAGGCCUCAAUGGGCAGGUGGACUAUUUUCUGCUGGGGGAAUCUUCUGGUACGUUCUCUGUUGAUCGGGUGACAGGGACACUGAGAACUAGCCGCGUCCUUGAUCGAGAAGCCAGCCCACAGCACACGUUCCAAGCUGUGGCCAGAGACUGUGGUCCCCAGGGCGCAAAGAGCAGCAUGCUGACUAUACUCAUAUCUGUCACUGAUGCUAACGACAACGAUCCUGUUUGGGAAGAGAACCCAGUUGAUGCUUUCCUGUCCCCCAGGCUGUCCCUGAACCAGACCAUUGCCCAUCUGAGAGCCAGUGACCCAGACGCAGGGCCCAAUGGAACUGUCACUUUCAGCUUCGCGGACACCCAGUCAGUGUUUUCUAUCGAUGAAUAUACAGGUGAAAUCAAACUUCGGCAGAAUCCAUCUUCGGAAUCUUUUCCUAUUUGGGUGCAGUUAAAAGCCAUGGAUCAAGGGGUCCCAGCGAGGGCAACCAAGGGCCUCUUGGUUGUUCACAUGGAAGGAGAAGAUGUGACAAUCUCCUUCAACCACCGUCUCUACACAGGACUCGUGACGGAAAACUGUGAGUCGGGUACUUCUGUCGUGACUGUAAAGGCUUCUGCAUCAAUCCCAGACCCCAUCAAAUAUUCAAUUUUUAGCGGGAAUGAAGAUGGAGUGUUUUCCCUGGGCUCCGCCUCAGGAGAACUCACUGUAGAAGAGCCGCAGUUCCUUGAUUUUGAAGUCAGGAGCGAAGCACAGCUCAUCAUUCUGGCUGAGAGCAGUGGGCACAGAGCCUUCACCAAAGUAGCGGUUUCCAUCCAGGAUAUGAAUGAUAAUGCCCCACGCUUCACACAAAGUGUGUACAGAGCAUCAGUCUCCGAAGGCCAGCUCUACAAUGCUCUUGUCAUACAGGUGUUUGCUACUGACUCGGAUGGUGGAUUGAACAGCUUGAUCGAGUAUUCCAUCGUCUCUGGCAACCAAGCAGAAGCCUUCCAGAUGGAUGCGCUGAGCGGGGUGAUAACAACAGGUUCUGUCCUGGAUUACGAGUCCUUCCACUCAUACAGCUUGAUUGUGCAGGCCACAGACACAGGGGUGCCCAGGCUUUCGGCUACGACUCUCGUUGAGAUCCAGGUGAUCGACAUAAACGACAACGCUCCAGUCUUUCUCCCCUCGGAAGCAAUAGAGAUUGCAGAAGAUUCUUUGCCUGGUGUAAUCGUGGCUCGGGUAUCCGUUCAUGAUGUGGACUUGAAUCCCGCUUUCACCUUCAGUUUUGUCAAAGGGAGCAACUCCGGAGCCAAGUUUGCUAUCCAUCGGGACACAGGAGUGGUGGUGCUGGCGCAAACACUGGAUUUUGAAGAGGUUGCUGAAUACGAACUGAUUGUCCACGUUUCUGAUUCAGGACACCACACAGAGGGUUCCCUUAUCAUCCGUGUGCUGGAUGUGAAUGACAACCCUCCAGUGUUUUCUCAAGACGUCUAUCAGGUCACAGUUCCUGAAGUAGCACCCGCAGGGUCCUCUGUGCUGACCCUGUCUGCCAUAGACAUAGAGAGCAGUGAGGAUAUUUCCUACAGGAUCCUCUCGUCCUCGGAGGGCUUUGCCGUUGAUCCCAGGAACGGGACUGUGUUUGCUACUGGUUCUCUAUUGCUUCUGAAUAAAAUAUCAACGCUUCGAUUUCUCGUGGAAGCCAGCGACGGCGGAACUCCCUCGCUGAGGGCUCUGACGCUCGUGGAGAUAGAAAUACAAGAUGUGAACAGCUGUGCUCCUGAGUUUACGGUGGGGCACUACAAUCUCAGCUUGAGGGAGGAUGCGCCCCCUGGAGGCACCCUCAUGACGUUUACAACCCUCGACUGUGACUACACUUUUGAAAACACACACACUGAGUAUUCCAUCAUCAGUGGCGACUUAGACAACUCCUUCCACAUUGAAACCAGCCUCCUUCCUUCGGAAUAUCCCCAUCAGCAGGGCGGGGCUCUUGUGUUGCUUCGUGCUCUGGACAGAGAAGCCAGGGCCAGCCACAAGCUCGUCAUUCUGGCCUCUGACCGCGGCUGCCCUCCUCUGAGUUCCACAACUGUCGUAGCAAUAGAAGUCAUGGAUGUCAAUGACAACGUGCCCACCUUCCGCAGCCGGCAGUACCGAGCCCACGUCAAGGAAAGCACCCCUGUCGGGAGUCACAUCACUGUGGUGUCGGCAGAGGACCAGGACGUGGGCUCCCAUGCGGAAAUCAGCUAUGACAUCAUCUCUGGAAACGAGAAGGGACACUUUUACUUAGAAGAGAGAACGGGGGUUCUUUUUUUGGUGAAACCUCUGGAUUACGAGGAGACGACAGCAUUCACUUUAACUGUCCAAGCUGCUGAUAACGACGAGACACACGUCUCUUUCGCCGCUGUGCGCGUCAGUGUGUUAGAUGACAAUGACCACGCCCCUCAGUUUACGUCCCCCACCCUGACCUGCGCUGCUCCUGAAAACCUGCCUGCCCCUUCCAUCGUGUGUUCUGUCCGUGCCCUGGAUUUUGACGCGGGGCCUUACGGAGAAGUGACUUACUCUAUUUCCUCGCCCUGCCUAGUCACACGUGGGAUUCACCCCCAUCAGGAUCUCUUUGUCAUUGACCCUUUAACGGGGGACAUUCGAGCUAAGCAGACGCUGGACUACGAGAGUGUUACCAAGUAUUGCCUCGUGGUUCAGGCCAAAGACAGAGGUGGCGCCACAGCUUCCCUGGAGGUCUGGGUGGAAGUCGAAGGGAUGGAUGAGUUUGAACCCAUCUUUACUCAAGACCAGUACUAUUUCAGUCUCCCGGAGGACGGUCAAGGACAGCAGCUGCUUGGCAGAGUGGAAGCCUCAGACGCGGACGACGGCGUCGAUGGGGUCGUUCUUUACUCCCUCAGAACUCCAUCCCUUCUCUUUUCAGUAAACAAAACGAGCGGCAAUGUUUAUUGGAUUGGAGCCCCUUUCCUACUAAACAGUCAGCUCAGCAAAGAAGACACCCUGGAGGUGAGAAUAACUGCCCACAGCCCCAAGCCCAGCUCCAAGUCCGCUUCCUGCACGGUGUUUGUGAAUGGCUCUUUGCCAUCUGAAGGACAUCACAGAGCAGUGUUUGCCCACAGUUUCUCCAUCAGCCUUGCGGUCUCCUUUUUCGUGUUCCUCCUACUUGUCUGUACUCUACUCGGACUGAUUUUAAGACAUAAGCCCAACAACCCACUACCCAGUUAUGAGGAGAAGACACUGUCAUCCCCGCAGGAUGAUCCCCGAUUGACAGGGGCUCCAGGCAAGCUCCAGGCUGGGCAGCAGACCCUGGAGUAUGGGGACGUGGCAGAGUCUGGCGGAGCUAUGCCUGCUGAAUGGUUGAACUUCUUGAGUGUCAUGGAGAAAGACAUCAUCUACCUGUACAGGCAUUCACAUUCCAGCGGGCACUGCUCUGUGGAUGGAGAGACGGCAGAAGAUAAAGAAAUCCAGAGGAUAAAUGAGCAACCUUAUAGAAAGGACUCGGAUUCUGUACUGAGUGACCGCGGGUCCAGGGUGCCAGACUCGGGCAUCCCCAGGGACUCGGAUCAGCUUUCCUGCCUGUCAGGAGAGACAGAUGUGAUGGCUGGGACUGAGGGGAUGGAAGUCAGUCCAGUGUUUGAGGGAGGAGAGGAAGGGGAAGGCUGUGAGGCCAUCUAUGUUCAAAGUAACGGAUUGUUCCAGAAAAGAGAGGCCAAAGCAGGUGUUUUGGCUGAUAGCAGGAAAGAGUCUGCCUCUUCAGUUAGUCAGGAAGGAAGGUAUGCAUCUCUUUCCCCUCAGGCAGCCUCUGCUGAUGGUGCCAGAGACAGCUACGCCUGGGAUUACUUCCUCAGUUGGGAACCCAAGUUCCAGCACCUCGCGUCGGUGUUUAAUGACCUUGCCAGACUAAAGGACGAACAUUUGCAGAGGCUUGGCGUUCCAAAAGACACAUCUUUUGUUUUCCCACCCCCUUUGAUAACAGCAGUAGCACAGCCUGGGAUUAAGGCUGUUCCCCCGCGAAUGCCAGCCAUCACCCUGGGUCAGGCUCUCCAUAAACUGCCCCGAUCGCCCCUCCCCUACUAUGGAGAUUCUCUACCAGAAGCCAUGUCGCCCAGCUUCUCGCCAUCUCUUUCCCUGCUGACAAUGCCGACUCCUGCCAGGUCAGCCGCGUUGCCAGGCGGAGAAUCUGUAGGAACACACAGAUGUGGCGCAGGCCGUGAACUGAAAUCUGACGACGAAGUCCAAAUGUAGUGAGGUUGUGGUGUUGAUUCAGCUCUUGGCAGAGACAGACAAAAAGACACAAGCAAGUCCGGUAGGAGGGGUUUGUGCUUACCAAGCAUCGGGAAUCUCGUGUAGACAGCGCUUGUGAAAAUCUCGCCCGUUUCAGUUUCUCGAAAUUCUUCCCGCCUUAAUGAGAAGUCAUUUCGUCUUUUAGACUUUUUGAGUUGCUCUCAGGACACACAUUUGUAGACAUUCACUAGUCAGUUUUGUUAUUCCUGUUUUCUGUUUAUUUGUUUUAAUGUUUAGAAUUUAUGAUUGAGUAUUCAUCAGAGAUUAUGACUGGAAUUUUUCAUGACUCUGGGUUGAUAUGGCCCAAUAAGAAUUCUUGAUUGAACGAAGCAGAAAGGACAUUUUUGAUGUACGGCUGAAAUGAACAGGACGAUGCUUAGGCAUCCGUCUGUCGCCAGAGACAUGUUAUCUCGGCCUUUUCUACAAAAUGGUACCCCCUGACUGUUCUGUCCACAUAAGAGACUUUGAAGAUUAAUUUAUAGAAAUUACUUCAUUUUAUUUUCUUCGACAUAUAGUAACUUUGUGUAUGAGAUAAUUUAUCUAGUCAAUGCCCAUUUUUAAAGUUUGUGUAGAUGAAAUUGUGUUACUAGCUAAUUAUAAAUUUCAUAGAGUAAUUUAGCAGUAUAUUUUUAAAUGAAGUUUUUUAUAUAUGAAAGUUUCUAUUAUUAAAGUUAAGGGUGGGUGUCAGAAGUCUUUCUUCCAUUUACUUAUCAUUACUUUGUUGUUACCUGGGACAGUUCCGCAACAGGGUACGAAGAAUUCUGCUUUACACAGUCAGAAGCCCACCUGAUCUACUGAGAAAAUUACCCAGACGCAUUAGAGACUUCACACGGGUGCUUACAUGAAGUGCCACACUGCUCUCUGACGGACCAACAGGGCAUCAGAGAUGCUUUUCCCUGUUAGGAGGCUGAGUGCACCCCGAAGACCAUGAUCUACAAGUCAUCCUCCCAUGGGAUGGGGUAGGGUGGGAGGACCACAGCCAGGCUUUGGGAUCACCUUCUAGGAAUUCCAGUGAGAAGUCUUUCAGCUCUGGAAGUAGUUCUUUUACUGAUUGUUUCCAUGCAGACCACCUGUGGAACUAGGGGAGGUAAUUUGCAUUUGCUUAAAACCAUUUCAGGCGCAGCUUGAUAGCUGACUGGAUAGGUCAGUAGUUCAAUGGCUGCCAAUGCUGAUAGAAUAUAUAUCUUCUUGCUGACUCAAAUCCAGAGCGUGUGUCUAAAGCACAUUAGUAACCAGUAAGUGCGAGGGCCAUGAAGGAUUUGGAUAAGCUGGAAUUCACAUUGUAUUGCUGGAAAUCACAUGUAGGCCAUUUAAAUAUUAUAGCACCGAUUCAUGUCUCUCCUUAUCUCUGGGGCAUCUGAAGAAGAAAUUUAAUGACUUUUGCUAAAAGACAAAACGAAAAUGCACAAAACUAUAAUAAUUUCACUGUGCCAAUGGGUUGUCUCUUGACUGUUUUCAGCAGAGCGUGGUUGGUGAUAGGAAUGCACUCAUCGUGUUUUCUUUAUCUAAUUACAUGUGAAAGCUUUACUUUGUGGCAGAAUUUAUGUGUUAACCAUGAAUGCCUUGUUUUUAAAUGGGUUAUCCACUUACUUAGGCAUCUAACCUUUUCCUAAGUUUCUCACCUUUGAUUUAUUACUGAACAAGACUCUGUGGGCAUUUCCCCCCUUGCUAUUUCAUAGGAAACAUGAAAGACAUGUAGAGCUCUCUGUACCAACAUUUAGCAGAUCUUUAAUUGAUGACUUUAUUAAUCCCGUUGCUAGCACUGCCGCACCACUGAGGGACAGCCACAAGUCGAGUGGAGGGAAAGACGUCAAGAUGGCUGAAGAUGGCGGGGAAGAGCCUCCUCAGGAUUCCAUGUCGGCCUUGACGUCAAGAUGGCUGAAGAUGGCGGGGAAGAGCCUCCUCAGGAUUCCAUGUCGGCCCUUUAAACCAGAGUGCUCUUUCCUAAGUAAACAAUACAACUUCAACUGUCUUCCUUCAAGUCGAGUAUUAAGCUCCCUCAUCUGUUCUGUGUUACUUUGCUGAUCUCUUCACCGGCUUUGGCACUCGGGAGGGGGUACAGAACUUGUUAGUGGAAAAUCAUAUUAAGCCCCAAAUUCAUAAGCUAUAAAAUAAAAGACAGUUGUCUCUUGUGGAAUUUUUGGCUGCCUGAA